CGCCGCCGGUUCCCACGGCAACCGGGUUCAACAGUUCCAGCCCAGCGGUGUCCGGAGGCCUCCGGGCGCCCAGCGGCCGGCAUGAGCGCCGCCGAGGUGGACCGUCACGUAGCCCAGCGGUACCUGCUCAAGCGGCGGCUCGGGAAGGGGGCCUACGGCAUUGUGUGGAAGGCGGUGGAUCGGAGGACCGGCGAGGUUGUGGCCAUCAAGAAAAUCUUCGAUGCCUUUAGGCAUAAGACAGAUGCCCAGAGAACGUUUCGGGAAAUCAUGCUGCUCCAGGAAUUUGGGGACCACCCCAACAUUGUCCGCCUCCUGGACGUGAUCCCGGCAGACAACGACAGGGACAUCUACCUGGUGUUUGAGUCUAUGGACACUGACCUGAAUGCCGUCAUCUGCAAGGGCGGCCUGCUGACGGACAUCCACAGGCGCUGCAUCUUCUACCAGCUCCUGCGGGCCACCAAGUUCAUCCACUCAGGACGUGUCAUCCACCGGGACCAGAAGCCGUCCAACGUUCUCCUGGACGCCAGCUGCUUGGUGAAGCUCUGUGACUUCGGCCUUGCCCGUCCCCUCAGCGGCCUCCCUGAAGGGCCGGAGGGCCAGGCCCUGACAGAGUAUGUGGCCACACGCUGGUACCGGGCUCCGGAGGUACUGCUGUCCUCGAGCAGGUACACCCCUGGGGUGGACAUGUGGAGUCUGGGCUGCAUCCUGGGGGAGAUGCUUCGGGGGAGGCCCCUGUUCCCUGGCACAUCCACACUCCACCAGCUGGAGCUGAUCCUGGAGACCAUCCCACCACCAUCUGAGGAGGACCUCCUGGCUCUGGGCUCCACCUACAGCGCCUCUGUCCUGCACCGUCUGGGGGCCCGGCCACGGCAGACGCUGGACGCCCUCCUGCCGCCCGACACCCCCCCGGAGGCCCUGGACCUCCUCAGGCGACUCCUGGUGUUUGCCCCGGACAAACGGCUUAGUGCCGCCCAGGCCCUGCAGCACCCCUACGUGCGGAGGUUCCACUGCCCGGCCCGGGAAUGGGCCCUGGAGGCGGAUGUGCGGCUCCCGGUGCACGAAGGAGUCCAGCUCUCGGCCCCCGAGUAUCGCAGCCGCCUCUAUCAGAUGAUCCCGGAGCGCAGGGGCAGCAGCAGCGUGCCGAGAGAGAACGGCCUGGGGGGCGGCCCUUCGGGGGCGGAGCACAGCGCCCCCCGGCCCCGGGCGCCCCCGCCCAAACCCGGAGCCUCCACCGCGCUGCCCUCGGGCUCGCCGGCGCAGAACCCUGGACGCAGGCCUCAGAGUGGCCCCGGCCAGGAGCCCGCGCGCGAAGCCCCUGGCGGAGCCACGAGCCUUCCCAGGCAGAGCUCGGCCCCCCUGCUCCAGCCUCCACUCCCAGGAGGUCCUGGGAGAGGGGAAAGGCCCCCCGGGGCGACGGCAGCGCCCCCCUCGGCACCCUCGUGGGUGAAGCCCAGCGUGAGGGGGGCGGCGACCUCCCUGACCUCGCAGGCCGCCGCCCAGGUGGCCAUUCAGGCCCUGAUCCGGAGUGACCGCGACCCGGGCAGAGGGGUGAGGGCGGCCGGCGCGCCACGGGUCCCCCACGGGCUUCCCCGCAAGCCCCGGCCUGGCCGGAGGAUGUUCGGCGCCUCGGCCUUGCAGGGGGCCCAGGGGGCCGCGCGGGCCGCGCUCGGGGGCUACUCGCAAGCCUACGGCACCGUCUGCCGCUCGGCGCUGGGCCGCCUGCCCCUGCUCCCGGGACCCCGCGCGUGAGCU